AUCUCAGAAGCAAUUUACAUCACAAACAUUACAAUUUUUCACGUCACCUCAACCUUGGUCGCCUCAACUGACAUGCAGAAGGCACCACGAAAAAUGGCACUUUGGGGUAUUUUGGAUUCCCCAGAGCAGGUCAAGUCAGCUGCGCGUCAUACGCAUGGUAGUACGCUCGUGUGCCACUCCUCGUGCUUGGUGGUGGUUGUGUCACACAGUUCUCACUUUGCACAUCCACCCCUUUUCAAAUUGGCAAACAUAACAUAUGACAUUCAUAGCGGAAAUGCAGCCCAAUCUUUUGAAGUAGAUUCAGAUGUGUACACCGAUCACAAUAAUCUUUCCUUUCAGAAAGUUCUCCUCGAGUUCCAGGAUAACUGGGGGGUAGAUUCUACUUGUAUUUAUAAUGUUAGCAUUCAUGGGAUAGAGGCAACCAAUUAG